GAGGCUGGCUCUGAUGUUUGACGCCAUCCCUACGCUUUUGUGAGCUGCUGGAACAAAUUACAAGCGAGAUGCUCGUUAUCUUCCCCACAGUCGUGCGGCAAAGCGACAUGAUUGUGCAAGUUUAAAUGUAAGAGGCGAACGCACGGAAUUAGCCACUAAUGAAUCCUUGUACUUGACAACCUACAUGAAAAUAAUAUUCUCUUGUCACUUGGUGGACAAACGCGAAGUGUUCUCAUUGAGAAACUAGCCGUUUUCUACAGCUUGCGUCAAAUCCGUGAGAUAAACUUGGCUACGAGAAAGGAUGAACACAAUACGACAGGUGCCAUCACGGGUGAAGAGUAGAAGAUCGGAAACGAAUCUAGGAGCAGAAAGGGAGCAUUUCGAUAAACAGCAGCUCAGCAGCAUCAGUAAAGCUAUUAACUCCACCGAGACACCAGUGAAGGAGAAGCAUGCCCGCAGAAUUAUCUUGGGAACCCACCGGGAAAAGGGAGCGUACACUUUCUGGUCUUAUGCUAUUGGUCUACCCUUGUCCAGUAGUACUAUUCUUAGUUGGAAGUUUUGCCACGUUUUGCAUAAAGUUCUCCGUGAUGGUCACCCAAAUAGCUUGCAAGACUGCAUGAGAUAUUACAGUAACAUUGCUGAGACAGGAGUACUAUGGGGAAACCUCAGGGACAGACAUGGAUAUGGCCAACUUGUUGCGCUGUAUACCAAGCUCCUCUGCUCCAAGUUGGAAUUUCAUACCAAGCAUCCAGAUAUCCCACCUAACCUGGAAGCCACAGAUGAAGUCCUGGAGCGAACUGCAGGAACAGAUAUCAACAAUGUGUUCCAGCUCACUGUUGAGGUGUUUGAUUACAUGGAUGUAGAGCUUCGGCUUGCAGAGUCAGUCCUACGACAGCUCAAUACCUCCAUUGCCAUCUCAACCUUGACAGCAGGCCAGUGCAAACUAGCUCCGCUAAUCCAGGUCAUCCAGGACUGCAGUCACUUGUAUCAUUAUUCUGUCAAACUCCUCUUCAAGUUACAUGCUUGUUUACCAGCUGAUACACUCCAGGGCCAUCGUGAACGUUUCCAUGAUCAGUUCCAUAGUCUCAAAACAUUUUUUAAUAAAGCAAGAGACAUGCAGUACUUCAAAAGGCUAAUCCAGAUCCCAAGACUACCUGAUUCCCCUCCAAACUUCCUCCGUGCCUCUGCACUAGCAGAGCAUGUGAAACCAAUGGUUGUCAUCCCAGAUGAUGAGGAACCUGAGGAGCAGGAAGAGGAUGAGCCUGAACCACUAAUAGAUGUGAGUGAGGCUCCUCCAGCCAGCAUGGCUUCACAGCCACAGGUUGACAUAUUUGAUCAGGCAUUCGGGCCACCUAAUAAUGGUUUUGACGACAGGGACCUACAGAUUGAAAAUCUGAAGAAAGAAAUUGAGUUACUGCGAGCAGAACUUGAGAAGAUCAAAGCUGAGGCUCAACGCUAUAUUACUCAAUUAAAGUCUCAAAUCAACAGCCUAGAGGCAGAGCUGGAGGAGCAGAGAGUGCAGAAGCAGCGUGCCCUGGUGGAGAACGAGCAGCUGCGUAUGGAAUUGGAAGCCACGCGAAGCCGUAACGCAGAGCAUGAGAGCAUACAGUCUACCUUUGUGGAGGCAGAGAAGAGGGCCCAGGCUACAGAACUGCGCUAUAACAAGCUAAAGGAGAAGCAUGCUGAGCUAGUAGCCAACCAUGCAGAACUCCUUAGGAAGAGUGCGGACACCGUGAAGAUGCUGUCAGCCACUCAACAGACACAAGAAGAGGUGGCCAGAACAAAGCAACAGUUGGCAUUUGAGGUGGAAAGAGUCAAGCAGGAAUCUGACAUGAAGGUGGAGGAGCAAAAGUUUGAGAUGGAUAAAUUGAAGCGAUUGUUGGAAGAAAAGAUUGGAGAGAUCCAACGAAUCAAGGACUCCCUGCAAACUUGCGAGAAGACUGGUGAGCAAAUGAACACCUCCAUGACCUCACUCCAGGCGGAAAAGGAGCGCCUGAUGCGCUGUGUCAGUGAAAAAGAAGCUGAGCUCUCUGCCCUAAGGCAGGCAGCUCAGGUGAAGGAGUCCUCCCUUGUGCAGGAAAGGGAAAGGAGCAGCAAGGAGCUUGGAGAACUUCAGGGCAAGUUGAAAGAGAAGGUCAGUCGUGAGGAGCUGUUGCAGAAGAAGUUGUUGGAGGAGCAAUUUGCCCUGCUGCAAGGUACAGUGGCUGAAGCAGAAAUGAUCAUUCAGGAUGCUGUGGCCAAACUGGAUGACCCUCUGCAUAUCCGUUGCACCAGCUCACCAGAUUACCUUGUAAGCCGUGCAGAAGCCACACUGGGCUCUAUUGAUAAAGUGCAGGAAGGCCAUGCCCACUAUUUGAAGAAUAUGGGAGAUGCUGGCGCUCUGUUAAGGGCUCUGGCUCAAUUUUCUCAUCUGACUGCUGACACCAUCAUCAAUGGGAGUGCAACAGCACACAUGGCACCAACUGAUCAUGCUGACCGAUUGACAGAGAGCUGCAGGGGCUGUGCUAGUCAGAGUUUGCGCUUCCUGGAGGAGUUGAAGUCUAAAGCAUCCUUAAAGAGGGCUGACCCUGCCUCUAUUCGCUUGAUGGUACAAAAGAUCCUGCGGAUUGCACAGGAUCUGAGGCCUAAAGGAAUGGAUGUUGGAAAGGAUGAGUUGGGUGACAUGGUAGAUAAAGAGAUGGCUGCCACUUCUGCUGCUAUAGAGGAAGCUGUGAGGAGGAUUGAUGAAAUGAUGAAUCAGGCUAGACGAGACACUGAAGGAGUCAAACUGGAAGUGAAUGAGAGAAUACUGAAUAGCUGCACUGAUCUCAUGAAGGCUAUUCGGCUCCUGAUACUCUCCUCCACAGACCUGCAGAAGGAGAUUGUGGAAAGUGGAAGGGGUGCAGCAACAGUGAAGGAGUUUUAUGCUCGAAAUUCUCGCUGGACCGAGGGGCUUAUCUCUGCCGCCAAGGCAGUGGGCUGGGGGGCAACACAGAUGGUUGACUCUGCUGAUAAAGUGGUGUUACACACGGGCAAGUAUGAAGAGCUUAUUGUGUGUUCUCAUGAGAUUGCUGCGAGCACUGCACAGCUGGUUGCAGCAUCUAAGGUGAAGGCAGAUCGCGGAAGUAAAAAGUUGUCCAGUCUUCAGCAAGCCUCUCGUCAUGUGAAUGAGAUGGCUGCAAAUGUGGUAGCCUCCACUAAGACAGGGCAGGAGCAAAUUGAGGACAAAGACACAAUGGACUUUUCUGGAAUGUCUCUGAUCAAGUUGAAGAAAGAGGAGAUGGAGUCCCAGGUGAAGGUCCUGGAGUUGGAGACCAUGCUUGAAAAUGAGCGCCUGCGUUUGGGAGAGCUGCGAAAAAAGCACUAUGAGAUCGCAGGAGCUCCUCUGGAACAGCUAAGCCAAGACAAUGGGCUGCAUGCCCCUUCACCAACUGCCCCCUCCUCUCCCAAAUCCUCUAAACCUGCAUUAAUGAAGAAACCAGCGCUCGCUCAGAAACCCAACCUUCCACCCAAAAACAUGUUCAGGUAAAAAUGUUGUGGAUGAAGAUCGGCGAACCUGGAUCUCAGAUUGACAUUCAUCCUGCUUUAAGCCAGGUUUAAAUCGUCUUAAGAAGCCCAUCUCCUUGUGUGUGCCUAAUUAUCUUACAUUCUACCAUAUUAAACAAAUUAUUAAUAUGCCUUGUUUAUUAAAUGUUCCUCACAGAGGUAAGCUAGAAGCUUUUUUUAAAUCUGCACUAUGGAGUAGUGAUGCAGUAAUCUGUAAGAUCCCUUUAUUACUCACUAAGACUUUGAAUCUAAUGAGUUGAAUCUCAGACAUUAUACAAGAAUAUUUUUAAACAUGAAUAUAUAUCAUCGACAUAAAUUGUUUAACAAUGUAAAGAAUGUAAUGGUGGAUAAAGCUAUUCUUUGGGUCAGUAAUACAGCCUGAAAGUUUGAUGUUACUGCUUUUUUUAUGUUUUGUUUAUUUUCUCUGGGUAUGUUUUGUAUUAUAUUGGUGAUGUAGGACUGGGGUGUGUAAAGUAGGCUGCACUUAUUUGGGUUCAGUAUUUGACUUUACUAAAACUAUUGUGUACACUUGAAAUGAUCAUGAACUUAGUGAUUUUCUUUUUCUUUUUAAUAUUAAGAUGAUGACACAUGCUUAUCCAAGAAUAGUCUUCCAUAAAAUCGACAUAUUUUACAAAGAAUUAAUCAUUGUAAUAUUCAAGAUUACAAAAUGCUUGUGUUUUCUUAAUCCAAGUCUCUUAGACUGCUCAGUUUAACCUCUGUUUUGACACAAAGUAAGAAACUUAAUGUACAUUAGACUUAAACUGAAAUAAGUUGGAGUUUAUAGGAAAUAGAGAGGUAUUGAUUAAGAGCAAUUACAUAUAAUAAGACUGAAAUAAUAGUUAAAAUAUUUGAUUGUAUGGAAAAAGUGGCAAUCCAACUAUGCUCCUGGUGUGACUACUAAAUAUCUCUUCCGCAGUGAGAAAUGGAGGAAUGUUAUGACUAGGAUGGUUUAAGCAGAGAAAGAAGAAAGAUGGGUCAGACCUAGUGUGAUUUACAUUACUAAUUUUAAAUAGAGCACAAACACAGGGUAUUUUGUUUUGUGGUGUUUUUGUUGUUUUGUUUUAGGUUUUGGUCAAUGUGUCUUGCUACUCAUGUUUCCCAGUUCUCUGAAAAUCUAUGCUGUUUUUGUUUUUGUUCCGUUAUUGAUUUAUUCAUGUUUAAUCACAUAGAGACACACUACAUUACAUGAACAUUGUUGGUUUCAAAAAAAUCUCUUAAAAAUUGCCCGUUUUGCCAUUUCAUCUCAGACGAUUUUGGUUUAGGGGCACGUCUCAUUAUAGAUUAGACCAUUUCUAGAUGGAGCAAUGAAGAAUUCUCAUUGGUCUUCAGUCUCAGGUUUUUAGGGUUGUUUUUAUUAAAUAUGUUACAUAACAUUUUCACUGCUGUAUUCCAUGGUCAAAAUGAGGAUGUUACAAUGGUGGUGGAGGAGAGAGCAUAUGUACUGACUACUACAAGUGAUCUCUUACCAUGGGGUGUUUUGAUUCUGUGAAAGAGUAUCUUACAACUUUUUAAUUUUCUUUCAUUUUGUCUAUAUAAUCUUUAUAAACCCAAAUCAUUUAAUAUAUCUUAAUUAUGUUUGAUGGUCUCCCUGUACUAAACAUUAAAUUAAUAAUAAAUGUUUAUAAUGGAAACUUUUAA